AUGGCUGCUAAAGUUGCAUACGAAAACGAAGCCUACAUCAGGGACACCGUCGAGAACCAUUGGAGGAUGGAGUUCUUGGGAUUCUUUGAUUUUUGGAACGAUUAUGAGGAGGAUUACACCACACAAGCGUUCAUGUGGAGCGACAAGACUGGGGAUACUGAGGUCAUUGGUGUUUCGUUCAGAGGCACGUCGCCUUUCAACUCUAAAGACUGGUCUACAGACGUUGAUCUUUCAUGGUACCACCUCCCUGGUAUCGGCAAGGUCCAUGCUGGUUUUUUAAAAUCCCUAGGGUUACAAAAGAGCGAAGGUUGGCCAAAAGAUAUCCAGUCAAAUGUCGAUAAACCCUAUGCUUACUAUGUUAUCAGACAAAUCCUUAAAGAACGGCUUGAGGAAAACCCUAAGGCAAAGUUCAUCGUAGCAGGACACAGUUUGGGAGCCGCAUUAGCGAUCGUGUUUCCAGCCAUUUUGGCACACCAUGAGGAGACUGAUUUGCUAGAGAAACUAGAAGGGGUUUAUACAUUUGGACAACCUAGGGUUGGAGAUCACAAAUUUGGUGAAUACAUGAAAGAUGUGUUGGUAACUCAUGGAUUGAGGUACCAUAGGUUUGUUUAUUGCAAUGAUUUGGUGCCCAGAGUCCCCUUUGAUAGCUCUGAUGUCUAUUUCAAACACUUUGGUGAAUGCUAUUAUUACAACAGCUUCUACAAUGGACAGGUACUCACUGAAGAACCAAACAAGAACUACUUCUCGAUAUUUGCUGUGAUACCGAUGUUUAUAAAUGCGGUCUGGGAGUUGCUUAGGAGCUUCAUUAUCCCGUAUCAAAGUGGACCAGAGUACUAUGAAACGGUUCCUUGUCGAGGAUGGAGGUUGAUCGGGUUGGUGAUUGCGGGAUUAUCCGCUCAUGGUCCACAGGACUACGUUAAUCUCACUAGAUUGGGUCCUGCGGAACUGUUUUGA